AUGCUGCCGCACGGUCUGUGCGUACCCCUGGGAACGAGGCUGAGGCUGCACGUUCGGGCUGCAAAGGAGAGGCGUGUUCAGACUGCGAACAGGUAUCGGCUAGAGGUGGCAAACGUUCAGGCCGCAAACAGGCGAACAGGGAGGUUGGCGUACAUUCGGGCCGCGAACAGGCACAUAAAGGAACUAGCGAAUGUUCAGGCCGCAAAGUCAGUUCAGGCUGUAAGCAGGAAGGUUGAAAUCUGCCGCACAUUUGGGCCACGAGCUGGAGGACAGUUUGGGCCAUGA